AUGCUCACCACCUCAACAACAGCUCACCAAAUCCGCAUCUUAAUCGAUCCAGGUUCCGAAAUCUCGUUCAUCUCCGAAGAACUCACCCGUCUGCUCAACCUUCGGAGACACAGAUCAUCCAUCACAAUCAUUGGUGUUGGUGGAACAAAAUCAACUGAAACAAAGGGUGUGGUCACUGUCACACUCCAAUCAAGGCAUUCACAACAGACUGUCUGCAUCCAGGCUCACGUGCUCACAGCCGUAUCGACAAUCCUGCCAUCGUUCUCAAUGAGAACUCCGGAUUGGCCUCACAUUAGAAAAUUGAGGUUGGCGGACAAUGAUUUCUUGACACCACGACCAGUCGAUUUAAUCAUUGGAGCGGAUUUCUACGGAAGGAUCAUCAAGCCAAAUAUCAUCAAGGGCUCACCAACAACACCAAUUGCUCAACUUUCCAUUUUUGGAUGGCUCGUCAUUGGCCCAGUCAACGAAUCACAUUCAACCACUCAUUAUUCACACUUUGCAGUUGCUCAAGACGACCAGAGCAAUCUGCAAGAGCUGCUCACCAAAUUCUGGGUUCAAGAGGAAUCACCAAUGGACACUCCAAGCACGCUCACUCCGGAGGAAGAAGAAUGCGAAUCACAUUUCUGUGCGACUCACACUCGUGAUCACACUGGAAGGUACAUCGUUCGCAUUCCACUCAAGGCACCAGCAUUGCUCUUAGGCAAUUCACACAAGACUGCUCAAAGAUGUCUACAAAGCACGUUGCGACGACUCUCCAAGGAUUCAACAUACAACCAGCUCUACGUCGAGUUCAUGAAAGAGUACGAAGAAUUAGGACACAUGGUAAAGGCUCCAGAUCACCAAAGAAUUUCAUCAAGAGAGGCUGAGAACGUUGGGCCUGAUGGGGAGAUGACCUUGGCACAUGAUGCUUCGGCAUCAGGAGGGUUGAGGGUCUCUUCUGACGGUUCAACACCUCAGACCUCUGCUCAUCUUCAACCAUAUUAUUUGCCUCACCAUGGAGUUCUACGUCUCGACAGUUCAACAACGAAGCUCAGGGUUGUAUUCAACGGAUCAAAAGCUACGACAUCAGGCAAAUCAGUCAACGAUUUAAUGCAUACUGGUGCUAAUUUGCUCUUGAAUGUUACAGAUGUUCUAAUUUGGCUUCGCCAUUAUCACCACAUUUUUGCCACAGACAUCACAAAAAUGUAUCGCCAGGUAGCAGUUCACAAGGAUGAUUGGGAUCUCCAGCGAAUCCUUUGGAUCGAUGAAGACCGCAAUGUCAUCCCUUACCAGCUCACAACUGUCACGUACGGUACAAAGGCGGCUCCCUUCCUGGCGACACGAGCACUCAUGCAACUUGUUCACGAUGAGGGUCAUCGAUUCCCUCUGGCAACGCCCUCGCUCACACAUGGCAGAUAUGUGGACGAUAUCUUUGGAGGAGCAGACUCAGUUUCGGAACUUGUGGAGGUCGCUCAACAGCUGAUUGCAUUGUGCAACGCGGGCGGAUUUCCACUCGCAAAAUGGCAUGCGACUCACCCAGAUCUUCUACGGGCUGUUUCGUCAUCCACACAAUCGUCAGCUCCCAUAUCAUUUGACGACUGCACUACCAAAUUACUCGGAAUUCAAUGGAUGCCUCAAACCGACAAUUUUGGCUUUUCAUCCACGAUCACAGAUCAACCAAGUAAGUGCUCAAAACGCCUCGUAUUGUCCGAAGUGGCUCGGAUAUUUGAUCCAUUAGGUUUCGUCUCACCGGUAAUAGUACGAGCAAAAAUGCUAUUACAAGAACUCUGGCUACACAAAAUCAAUUGGGACGAUCCAUUACCGUCUCAAAUUGUAUCACGAUGGUUCAUCAUCAGAGAAGAUCUCAACAGCUUGGCCAAGCUAUCGAUCCCAAGAUGGUUCAACACAUGGAGCAAUUCAAUUGUAGAAAUUCAUGGGUUCUCUGAUGCUUCUCAACUUGCCAUGGCAGCAGUGAUUUAUAUCACUGUCAGCUCUCCGUCCAACGACUCAAUGACGUCACUUGUCUGCUCUAAGACAAAGGUUGCACCACUGAAGAGGCUCACAAUACCAAGAUUGGAGUUGUCUGCAGCACUUCUAUUGGCAAAACUCACGAAAUAUGUUCAAUCAACGCUCAAGGUAAAAAUCAAGGCAACGCACCUGUGGACGGAUUCUCAAGUUUCGCUCAUAUGGAUCAAAUCUCAAGCAUCACGUUGGAAGGAUUAUGUUCGGAACAGAGUCAUUCAAAUCCAAGAACUCACUCCAAAUGCGCAUUGGAGGCAUGUUCCAGGUACUUCUAAUCCAGCCGACUGUGCUUCCCGAGGCAUUUCGACAGAUCAACUUCAACGAUUCGAGCUUUGGUGGAAAGGUCCCCCAUGGAUGGCUCGAAAUCAAGAUCAUUGGCCCGAGCAAAAGGAAUUCUCAACUUUAAACAGCGAGCUCGAAGUGAGACCCAAUGUCUCACUCUUUGCUUCAGCUCAAAAGCUAAGUUAUCAUUGGGAUCUCAUCUACAAAUAUUCAUCUCUUAUUAAGCUGUAUAGACUAACUGCACUUUGUUUCAGGUUUGCCUCACGGCUUAAGAGAAAGCUCGAAACUCCUCCUGUGAUCAUCAUACCAUCCUGCGACAUGGAGAAGGCGCAGCUCUUCUGGAUUCACGCGACUCAACACUUGUAUUUCACCAGCGAAAUCAAGACGCUCAACUCAGGCUCAACCCUGCCUGCAACUCACCCCUUCAGUCGCCUCACCGCCUUCAUCGAUUCGCAGGGAACAAUACGAGUAGGAGGAAGACUCACAAACACAGCGCUCAGCAGGGAUGAAAAACAUCCAGCGAUCCUCCCACGGGACGCUCACCUGUCGAAGAUCAUCAUUGAAGAUGCUCACAAGCGAACAUUUCACGGAGGAACGCAGCUCACGCUCGCAUACAUUCGACAACGGUACUGGAUCAUCGGUGGCAGAGCUCCUGGAAGAGGCUCGAAAACAAUCAAAGGAUGGAUCUGCGUGUUCGUAUGUUUCUCCUCAUCAGCUGUUCACCUCGAGGUUGUCAGCGAUUACUCAACCGAGGGAUUUCUGGCAGCCUACAGAAGAUUCUCAUCACGAAGAGGGAUCGCUCACAAGUUGUACUCUGACUGUGGUACAAAUUUCAUUGGAGCACAGGCAGAGCUCAAACGCCUGUUCACGUCAAGUUCACAGGAGCACCGACAGAUCGCAUCGAUUCUGUCAGCUGACAGCACUCAAUGGAUGUUCAACCCACCAGCUGCUCCUCACAUGGGAGGAAAAUGGGAAGCUGUGGUGAAAUCAAUCAAGUACCAUCUCAGGAGAACAAUUGGUGAGCUCUUACUAACAUUCGAAGAGUUUUCCACUCUCCUCACACAGAUCGAAGCGGUGCUCAACUCAAGACCAUUGGAGCCGCUCAGUGACGAUCCCGACGACAUCUCUGCGCUCACCCCAGGACACUUCCUCAUCGGUUCAGCGCUCAACACGAUACCAGAACCAUCACUGCUCGACGUCUCACCAGGUAGAUUGUCGAAAUGGCAACUGAUCCAGCAGAGGGUUCAACACUUCUGGUCUCAGUGGUCUCGACACUACCUGCAGAGACUUCAAUCAAUCUCAAAGUGGCAUCAUCCAUCGAACGACAUCAAGACAGGCUCGUUGGUGCUGCUCACGAACGAGCAUCUUCCACCGAGCAAGUGGCCACUCGCAAGAGUGACCGAAGUUCACCCCGGCAAGGAUGCCCUCACCAGGGUUGCAACCGUGAAGACUGCAACCACGACUCUCGUCAGACCGAUCACCAAGCUUGUCAUCCUGCCUGUUCACCAUCAAGCUGAGCUCACCUCUGCAGAAACAUCAUCAACGAGUUGCUGA